GCCAGAGUUCAACCAUCAUUUCCGCUUGUUCCUUCUCUGAUCUCAGUACAGAGUAAAAAACGUGUGUUAUCACAAUUAUAUAUUAAUAUUACUCAAAAAUAUAUUUAACAAAUUUCUUUUAUUUAAUUUAAUUACUACUUAAUCAUCACAAAGAUGUAUAGACUACCAGUUGUAUUGAGAAGUGUUGCAUCACGUCAACUUCAACUUCAAUGUCGUAACUACGCAAAGGAUGUACGUUUUGGUGCUGAUGUACGUGCCCUUAUGCUCCAAGGUGUUGAUGUUCUUGCUGAUGCUGUUGCAGUUACAAUGGGUCCAAAAGGACGUAAUGUAAUUCUCGAACAAAGCUGGGGUAGUCCAAAAAUAACAAAAGACGGUGUUACUGUUGCUAAAGGCAUUGAGCUUAAAGAUAAAUUUCAAAAUAUUGGUGCAAAACUUGUUCAAGAUGUUGCUAAUAAUACAAAUGAAGAAGCUGGUGAUGGUACAACAACAGCAACUGUUCUUGCACGUGCUAUUGCUAAAGAAGGUUUUGAAAAAAUAAGUAAAGGUGCAAAUCCAAUUGAAAUACGUCGUGGUGUUAUGAUGGCUGUUGAUAAAAUUAAAGAAGAACUUAAAAAUUUAAGUAAACCAGUUACAACACCAGAAGAAAUUGCACAAGUUGCAACAAUAUCAGCAAAUGGUGAUACUGCUAUUGGUACAUUAAUAUCUGAUGCAAUGAAAAAAGUUGGUAAAGAGGGUGUUAUAACAGUUAAAGAUGGUAAAACAUUAAAUGAUGAACUUGAAGUUAUUGAAGGUAUGAAAUUUGAUCGUGGUUAUAUAUCACCAUACUUUAUUAAUUCAAGUAAAGGUGCUAAAGUUGAAUUUCAAGAUGCACUUGUAUUAUAUAGUGAAAAAAAAAUAUCAACAAUUCAAAGUAUUGUACCAGCACUUGAAUUAGCAAAUUCAAUGAGAAAACCACUUGUUAUUAUUGCUGAAGAUAUUGAUGGUGAAGCAUUAACAACACUUGUAUUUAAUAGAUUAAAAAUUGGUCUUCAAAUUGCUGCUGUUAAAGCACCUGGUUUUGGUGAUAAUAGAAAAGCAACAUUACAAGAUAUGGCUAUUGCAACUGGUGGUAUUGUAUUUGGUGAUGAAGCUAAUCUUGUUAAAAUUGAAGAUGUUACUGCUGCUGAUCUUGGACAAGUUGGUGAAAUUAUUAUAACAAAAGAAGAUACAUUAUUAUUAAAGGGUAAAGGUUCCAAAAAUGAUAUUGACAGACGUUCUGAUCAAUUGAGAGAUCAAAUAACUGAAACAACAUCUGAUUAUGAAAAAGAAAAACUUCAAGAACGUCUUGCACGUUUAUCAGCUGGUGUUGCUGUACUCAGAGUUGGUGGUAGUAGUGAAGUUGAAGUUAAUGAAAAAAAAGAUCGUGUACAUGAUGCACUUAAUGCAACAAGAGCUGCUGUUGAAGAAGGAAUUGUUCCAGGAGGUGGUACUGCUCUCUUGAGAUGUGCACCAGCAUUAAAAUCAUUGAAACCAUCAAAUUCUGAUCAAGCAACUGGUAUUCUUAUUGUUGAAAAUGCUCUUCGUAUGCCAUGUCAACAAAUUGCCUCAAAUGCUGGUGUUGAUGCUAGUGUUGUUGUAUCAAAAGUAUGUGAAGGUACAUUGGGAUAUGAUGCACUUAAUAAUGAAUACGUUGAUAUGAUUGCAAAAGGAAUAAUUGAUCCAACAAAGGUUGUUCGUACUGCACUCACUGAUGCUGCUGGUGUUGCAUCAUUACUCACAACAGCUGAAGCUGUUGUUUGUGAUCUUCCAAAAGAAGAUGCACCAAUGAUGGGUGGUGGUGGUAUGGGAGGUAUGGGUGGCAUGGGAGGUAUGGGUGGUAUGGGCGGUAUGGGAAUGUAAAAAACAACAUCAUCCAAAGACUGACAGCUUUUCAACAAAAUAUGAAAACAAACAUCAGAUUUCUUUUUUUUUAUGUUCGUUCAAAGACAAUUUAGCAAGUUUUUUUUUUUUUUUUUCUUUAUCUUUUGGGUGUUUAUCACGUUGACGUGGUUCAUUUACCAUGAUAAUGUUGAUAAAUUUAAUCACAAAUGCUCCGAAAAUACAAACAGCUAUAUCAACG